AUGGAUACGGAUUUUGCUAUCCGUAUCCGGAUAUAUACGUCCAACUUUUUAGUCAUAUCCAUACGCGGGUAUCCGCGGAUAUCCGGAUAUUAUCCGUAUCCAUGCACAAAUAUCAGAAACGGCCAUUUAGGUGCCAUUUUACAGUUUCUUCACCAACUUUCGGAAUACAAAAGGCAAAAGAGAAAAAUUGUAGAAGAUAAAAACAUUCAUCAAAGACGUGUCCAUUUCAAUAAUCAACAGCAACAAUCACCAAAACAUUUGUCAAAUCCCUCUUUUUGUUCUUCUAAUUCUUCCACAAAGACAUCAGCCUCACACAUUUACGAGCAGUGCAGUUCAUCAUCUGGCUACGGAAGUGUUUGCCACACAAAUAUUAGUGGAAAUUCUUCUACAGUUAAUGGAAGUAUUGAGAAGGAGGGCCUAUUAAAGAACAAAAAUAAUCUAAAAGAAACAACAACUGAUAAACUAAAUAAAAAACGAAUAUUAUUAUCCAACAAUAAUAUAUCUGAGGAGGAGGAAACAAAAAAACGUAUAAAACAAAAGCACAGAGUUGCCUUUAAAAUGCCUCCAAAUUUGCUCAAUUUUCGCUCAAAUAAUGAAGAAACAAAUAUUGACAAUAAAAAUAAUGAAGAGAAACGUUUUGGAAGGUAA